UCUAAUCAGGUCAUUAAAACACAAUAUAAACCCAAUCGAAGCAGCCUCAUGACACCUCACAUUAGUUAGGGCUAUACAGAAUAAGCGAAGGAUUUAUCAGGAUUUAUCAGACUCUCCACACUCCAGGGUUUUAUUUACAGACAGAAACAGAAUCACAUGCAUUUCAUAAAGCAUGCAUUUUGACUCUGGCAUUCAUUUGCGCUGAGCAGCUGGCCAGAUGUUGGACUCGGAGCUGCUGUCGCUGACCUCGGUGCUGAAAAACGACGUCAGAUGAACCUGCGCUCGCCACAGGAGACACGAUCCAGCCUCACUCCCUCUUUGAUUUAUUGAAGCCACUCCAAACCCCUACUUUGACUUCCUGUCCUCUGACGUUUUUUCUUUUGGCAUUUUUCUGAUGCAUUAGCUCCCCCUUUUGCGCUCAAUUUAAACAUUUUCUCUCAUUUACUCAGGUUGUUUUACGACGCUGGCUCUCAGUUUCCCUCGUUUUCGUCGUGAUGGCACUUGGCGCGGCCACUGUACGCCAGGCAGGAGAUUAGCCGGAGGUGGAUGAAGGCGCACAGCUCGUUCCAACCCCCGUUCUUUUUCGCGUUUUCCACCCCGGGAAGGAAGAUUAGACUCGUCUCGUGGAACCGUCGCCUCCCAGGGCUUCACUCAGAGACCCCCCCCCCUAACUUCUUUCGUUGGUUUCCUGGUAUAGUGGCUGCAGUCGGCCAUCCUGCGCUGUAACAUGACGCUCAGGCAGUAGAGUCAUUUGUAGAAAAAAAAAAACAACAACCCCAACAUACAGAAACUGGAUAUGGAGUCCAUGAAAACGAAAGCCACGGCCGGGGUCAAAGAAUUUGCGGGGAAGACCCUGGGUCAUAUGUACAGGGUGAUAGAGAGGAAGCAGAAAACCGGGGAUGUGAUCGAGCUGACGGAGGACGGGCGGCCUAAGGAGGCCGCAGAGAAGAAGCCCCCCCUGUGCGACUGCAGGUGCUUCGGUUUGCCCCGCCGCUACAUCAUCGCCAUCAUGAGCGGCCUGGGCUUCUGCAUCUCCUUCGGCAUCCGGUGUAACCUGGGCGUGGCCAUAGUGGGCAUGGUCAACAACAGCACCAUCCACCAGAACGGAAAGAUCAUCAUCAAAGAGAAAGCCAAGUUCAACUGGGACCCGGAAACGGUGGGGCUGAUCCACGGAUCGUUUUUCUGGGGCUACAUCGUGACGCAAAUCCCGGGAGGAUACAUUUGCUCGAGGCUGGCAGCAAACAGGGUGUUUGGUGCAGCCAUUGUCCUCACCUCCACUCUCAACAUGUUCAUUCCUUCGGCUGCCAGAGUCCACUAUGGGUGUGUCAUUUUUGUUCGGAUAUUACAAGGACUAGUUGAGGGGGUGACCUACCCUGCCUGUCACGGUAUCUGGAGCAAGUGGGCCCCGCCGCUGGAGAGGAGCCGUUUGGCGACCAUCUCGUUCUGUGGCUCUUAUGCCGGUGCUGUGAUUGCAAUGCCUAUGGCUGGGAUCCUGGUGCAGUAUUCGGGAUGGUCCUCAGUGUUCUACGUCUAUGGAUGCGUUGGCAUUUUCUGGUACAUGUUCUGGAUCCUGGUGUCUUACGAGAGCCCUGCUGAGCAUCCGUCCAUCACAGAUGAGGAACGCUGCUACAUUGAAGAAAGCAUUGGAGAGAGUGCCCAGCUAAUGGGUCCUUUAGAGAAAUUCAAAACUCCCUGGAGGAAAUUCUUCACUUCUAUGCCCGUCUAUGCAAUCAUUGUGGCAAACUUCUGCAGGAGCUGGACGUUUUACCUGCUGCUGAUCAGCCAGCCUGCAUACUUUGAAGAAGUGUUUGGCUUUGAGAUAAGCAAGGUUGGCAUACUGUCUGCCCUCCCCCACUUGGUGAUGACCAUCAUUGUGCCUAUUGGCGGCCAGCUGGCCGACUAUCUGCGCAGCAGGAACAUUCUGACAACCACCACUGUCAGGAAAAUCAUGAACUGUGGAGGAUUUGGCAUGGAGGCCACAUUGCUGCUGGUGGUCGGAUAUUCCCACAGUAAAGGGGUUGCAAUCUCCUUCCUUGUCCUGGCAGUGGGCUUUAGUGGAUUUGCUAUAUCAGGGUUUAAUGUCAACCACCUGGAUAUUGCUCCUCGUUAUGCCAGCAUCCUCAUGGGCAUCUCUAAUGGUGUCGGUACCCUAUCUGGAAUGGUGUGCCCCCUGAUUGUUGGUGCGAUGACCAAGAACAAGUCUCGAGAGGAGUGGCAGUACGUGUUCCUGAUAGCCUCUAUGGUGCAUUAUGGGGGCGUGAUCUUCUACGGGAUCUUCGCAUCAGGAGAAAAGCAGCCUUGGGCCGACCCAGAACUGACCAGCGAGGAAAAAUGCGGGUUCAUCGAUGAAGACGAGCUGGCAGAAGAGACCGGCGACAUCACUCAGAGUUACGGUGCUUUUGGCGCACCGGCCAAAACGUACGGCACGACCACACAGGUGAAUGGAGGCUGGGCCGCCAAUUGGGAGAAGACAGAGGAAUAUGUCCAGGAAGAAGCGCAGGGAGGAGGCUACGGAUACAGGCAGGAUGAGGGGUACUCUUAGACCAAACGCGCAGUCACCGACACACUAGCAGACUCAUUUUGCAGAGUGUGCAUCAGUUUUAGUCCUAAGAACAAACGAGAAACAAGAAAAGCUACAAUCUAUUGUCGUAUUGUUUGCACAAAUUAAAAAAAAAAAAUCUAAAAAGUUAUCAACUAAAUGUAAAACAUAUUUAAAAAUCAAAGAUAUUUGAUGAAUAGAGGUGUAGCACAUAUCAAAUUGGCAGUCUGUAAAUGUACUAUUAUGCAUAUUGAAAUAGAUAUAUUUAUUUGGAGUGCAGUUGUGCGUAAACGUGAACAUUAUCAUCCCAUCAGCAGAGGCUUCUCGGCCAAACUGAAGCCUGUAGAAGCUGAAUCCGAACUGACCCCUCAUGUGUGGGUUCUACUGUUACAGUACGACGUCCAGCGUGCCAGCCAUUUCAGCGUAUAGAUAUGUCACCGCGGAGCACAGUAAACAGAAACUAGACACCUUGUUAUAGAUUGUACUAUGUCAUUCCUUAAUGCACUCACUCUAGCGUGUGCUUUCAAUGCACAACACAAUUCCUUUUUUUGUUUUCAUGCCACCGGCUUCUGUCUGAAUAUGUAAAGUCCUGAGCAUUUAAGUGACCUAGCGUAGAGAAUUGACGAGUGGCACAUUGACUUGUGGUGAUCGUUUGGUUACACGUGUGUUGCAAAGGGGUACAUGAACAUAUUUUUUUCAUAACUUGAGCACAUCUGCAGUUCAGUUUUUGGGUUUAGCCACUCAUCACAUUUUGCAGUAUAUUCCUGUUAGGGUCAACAAUACUUUAAAGCCGCCACAGUCUAAUUGCUUGGGUGGGUUCUUAGGUGAAACAUAUAUGAUAGAAAUAUACAGAGAAAAAUAUAUAUGAGAUUAAAUUUAGACCACAAUGUUUAUGGUCAUAAUUGGCCUUAAAGAGAGCAUGUGCAAUGCAAAAACUGUGGGAAUUAACCAAAACCAGUAUGAGUCUUAAUAUUAUAGAGCUGAAAAAAGUAUAUUGUUUAGUGUGACGAAAAGAAGAACUAAAUACAACGGGGUUAGAAAGACAUUUUAACAUAUGAAAAGAUGUGUGCGUAAAUUCAGUGCAUAUAGUCAAAACUUCUUAAAGAAAAAAAGUAUUUCUCUGCUAAAUCAAAGGUUUUACACUCACUCAGAUAAUCUGUGUCAUUAUGAUCCUGUAGUCUGAUCCCUGGAGAGCUCAAAGCACUGGUCCUAAGCAGCAUGCACCAUAGCACAUUUCACAUGUCAUUUUCAGUGUUAUGUUUAAUAGGGUUAGAGAAAAAAGCUUCAGGCUGAGCUUUUUCACCAACACUUACUGAAAAUGACAUGCAAAGAAAAAAGUUUUUGAUGGCACUUCAUGAGUUCAUGCUGUUUAAAAAGAUUUGAUGGAUAGAUCUGAGAGACAGAACAAUCCGCCAUGCAUCAUCUUCUAGAAAUGUUGAUGACUGGUUCACUUAAGUGCUUUAUCUCAGCUUUUCCCAUCUGAAGGCUGCCUAUUUCCAACUGGUGUGAAGAGCAUCAGGAGAAAUUGAUUACAAACUGAGAAUAUAUUUCUUCUGAUCUUUUGAAAAUGAAAGAGGAUUAUUUAAAGAGAGAAACGCCAUUAAAGAAGUUGUGAACAUUCACAAUUAAGUAUUCGACAUUUGUUUACACAUUGCUAUACUUUGCAUAAAAUUCACCCAAACGAAAAACUUACAGCCAUUGAUUGUUACAAAGAAACCGUGGAACUGUUUGUGCUUUCAGCUUCAAAAUGGAAUCACGAUAAAAUGUAAUGAACUGCCUUUACCUGUAAAAGUCUGGGGAUGAAGGUGUUUUAGUCCUGCCUAAAAUGAACACAAAACUCAGCAACAAGGUCUGAAGGGGGCCAGUUUUUAUUUAUCUUUUCUGUUGAGACCUCAUGUCAGCUCUUCACAAUGUAGAUGUGUGUGGGUGUGUAUUUAUGCAUGGAACAAAGUGAAAUGUGUAGUAUUUGUCCUUUUCUUUAAGGUUUUUUAUUUUUAUUUGAACGUUCCCGUCUUCGUCUCAGAAACUGUUACUGAUGCUUAAAUUUCUUUGCACAAUUAACCAAAGGUGAAAAGCAGAGCCGGUUUUUAGCUGGAGCCCCAAUAUUUCAAGGUAGAACAAUCCAUCGGCAGCGAGGUGCCAACAAGAGGCACCAGAGCGGUGCACGUGGCACCAACCAUUACUCAGUGUACAAAGCAAUAAAUCCAUAGUAACAGUUCUGGUCAAACUUCAUGAGAACAGUCAUUGCGUUACUGUUUUUUUUAUGCAUUUGUUUUAAAGUCGUGUUUUUGUGAUAUCAAAUAUAGAAAAUGAACUGUCUUAAAUAAAAGAAAAACAUAUAUGUAUAAAAAUAUAGUAAUAGAGUCCAACGCAAACAUCUCUGACAACUAAAAAAAAGUCAGGAGUUUGUGACCGGGCUGCUCACCAGAUGAGAAUGAUAAAAGAGCUCUGCCUGAGAAGCGGUCGCUCUCCUUCAUGUUUCUGUUUUUGUUUUGGUGUGGUCCACACUGACUGUGUGUUGUUAUUUCCCCCUGUCUCUCUCCUCCUUCUGCAUUUAGCUGUAUUUGUGUCUUUGAUUCAGUGGCUGGACCCCCAUUGCUCUCCUUGACCACACGUACCUCCUCCUCCCCCCUGUACAGCCUUUCACUGUCACAAUAUUCAUUAACAUUUCGGACGAAAUCUAAACGUGCGAUUUGAAAAAUGACAAAUGUGCAACCUGAAGUAGUGAGAAGUUUUUCCUGUUUUUGUGCCUCUGAAGUUAAAGUGUGAUUCUAUGGCUUACGUUGCUGUGUAAAUUGAGAGGUUUGUUGAUGUCAAAAAGAAAUACUCUAUAUCCUUUUUUGAUAUUAAAAAAGUAAACAAAU